AUGAGCGGUUGGUUCGAUUUCCCCUACGAAAUCAGGAGAAGUUUAAUCGACCAAACGGAUCUUCGAGCAAAAUCAAACCUUUCAAAAUGUUCGCAAAAAUGUUAUGAAGAAGUUAGCGAAAGUCGCAAUCAUAUUAAGAAAAUUCAAAUAAAAAGAAAUAAAAAGGGAGUGAUUUGGAUUACUGAAAUUGCGGACGAUUUAUUUUGGCGUUUCAAAAUACAUCAACUGUCAAGUGGAGUUUGUGAAGUUGUUUGGAUUAUGGAUGACAAAAUAAUAUCGAGAAAACAGUUCAAAAAUCAGGAUUUGGCUCAAAUUGUUUUGAUGUAUUUCAAUGAAACUGUAGAGAAGAAUCCGAAAACUUUGAUAACUGUCAAAAUUUGUAUUGUGAGUUGAGAAAUAAUAAAAUGAUUUCGAGAAUUAUUUUUUAUUUUCAGGAUGAUUUUCCGUAUGAUCAAUCAAAUAUCAACAAUUUGAAAUAUCAAAAAUUGGAUGAUUUGAUACUUUUCGAAAACAAAAAUGGGAUUGAUCCAAUUACUUGUGGAUUUGUCAAUUUGGAAACACUUUCUCGUUUUGAUCACUUCAUCAAGAUCCCAAAUUUCCCACUGGGUUAUCCAUUCAAAAUCAAAUCUGAAGCCCACGUUUUAACCAAAGGGAAAAUUGUGUUCGCGGAAUUUGAGGUGUUUUUGAAACGACUUUUGAUUGAUGAAAAAAUCAAUCAGAAUUUCGCAUGGUUGAAAUUUCAAUCAAAGGCGUUCGAUUAUGGUUUAUUCAACUCGCUUGAUUUUAUUGAACUUGUUUCGAAAUAUGCUGGUGGUGGUUAUCCUAAUUUCACUGCGAGAGGAGACUGGAAAAGUGUGUCGUUUGUGAAGAAAUCGAGAAAGUUUGGAGGUCGAAAUCAUUUGAUUGUCUUGAGAAAACAUAGUUUCUUUUACUUCUUGAAAUAA